AUGCAUAAAGAUAAAGUUCCCACGCAGAGGCAGUCCACGGGACUCGCAGGAGGAACCGCGGUCCAAAGCGGUUCCAAAGGAAGGUCAGUGUCUUUCGGACCAGAGACGAUCGGCAAUACGAUGGGGCCGGUUCUCCACUGGCUGCAGGAUGUGGUGUCCGUCACCUUCCACAAAGCCCGCCGGACAUUAUUUCAGGCCGCCAUCCUAUUUUGUACCCUGAUUCUGUUGCUCUGGGUGUCCAUCUUCCUCUACGGGAGCUUCUACUACUCCUACAUGCCCACCGUGAGCUUCUCCGCCCCGGUACACUUCUACUACGUGUCUGACUGCGAGGGCCCGCAGUCCGCCCUCUGCUCCUUCCCCACAGCCAACAUCUCCUUCAUGAAGAACGACAGAGAGCAGGUGAUGGGCAACGGUCAACCCUACAGGGUGUCUCUGGAGCUAGAAAUGCCAGAGUCUCCUGCGAACGAGCAGCUGGGCAUGUUCAUGGUCAGGAUGACCUGUUACACCAAGGGGGGACAAACAGUAUCGACGGUGGGACGGUCCACCAUGCUGCACUACCGCUCCCAUCUCCUACAAACCCUGAACACCUUAUUCUUCUCUCCUCUCCUGCUGACCGGGAUGUCCGAGCAGAAGCAGCUCAUAGAAGUUGAGCUCUUCUCGGACUACAAGACGAAUGCUUACCAACCCACCGUCGGAGCGGUCGUUGAGAUCCUGUCCAAACGGGUGCAGAUCUACUCCUCUCAGCUCCGGAUCCACGCUUACUUCACCGGCAUACGAUAUGUUCUGUACAACUUUCCCCUGACCUCUGCCGUGAUCGGCGUGGCCACCAACUUUGCCUUCCUGAGCGCCGUCGCGCUGUUCGGAUACCUGCAGCUUAUUUGGGGUGGGCUUUGGCCUCCAGAUCAAGUUAGAGUAAAGGUCAUGAUGGGGGACAACACCCGCAUCCAGAAGAGGAAGGAGGAGGCUCGCAAGCGCAUUGAGAGGGAAAAUUCACAGAGGGAUCUGAGCUCUGUGACUGACGUUGGAUCUAUGAAUGGGGCGCAUGACUUUCAGGGAAAUGGUCUGACAGCGGAGUCCUUACCAGAAUUUCCCUCUGGAGUCUCCGAUGUCUCUGAGCCGGGGGCCGUGGUUCCAGACGGAAAGGGUGAAGAGUCUCAUGACUCUGAGGAGCCCGAGGAGAUGGGUGGUUUAGCUGUGACGAAUGGAUCCCUUGCAUCCAACUCUGAAGAGACGGCCCUUCGACAGAGACCUGGACCCUGGAUGAGUCUCUAA